UGCCGGACUUCGGCCCGGUGAGAAGAUUAGUAGAGAUGCUGAAGCAAUUGCAGAUGGGGAUGAGAGCUUUCCUUUUGAUGGCCUCCCGUGUGUGGACAUGCGUCUUUUUUCUCCUCAAGAAGCAGGUUAGAGCCAUAUCACAAAUGCAACCUGUUAAGUAUGAGAUCUUCCCAUUAUCUCCUUUGUCAAAGCACAGACUUAGUAUAGUUAAGAGGAAAGUAUUAGUAUUGGAUUUAGAUGAAACAUUAAUACACUCUCAUCAUGAUGGAGUGGCAAGGCCAACAGUUAGGUUUGGUACACCACCAGAUUUUAUUCUUAAGGUGACAAUAGACAGACAUCCAGUCAGAUUUUUUGUCCACAAAAGACCACAUGUAGAUUUUUUUUUAGAUAUUGUUAGUCAAUGGUAUGAACUAGUGGUUUUCACUGCUUCCAUGGAAAUCUAUGGAGCAGCUGUUGCAGAGAAGUUAGAUAACAACAGGGGUAUUCUAAGAAGAAGAUACUAUAGACAACAUUGUACACCAGAAAUGGGUUCCUAUACUAAAGAUCUGUCUGCAAUUUGUUCAGACUUAGCAUCAGUCUUUAUAGUUGAUAAUAGUCCUGGAGCCUACAGAGCUUAUCCUCAUAAUGCAAUACCAAUAAAAUCGUGGUUUAGCGACGCAGGAGACACUGCUCUCUUAAGUUUACUUCCAGUUUUGGAUGCACUACGUUUCACACAAGACGUGCGGUCCGUUCUUUCAAGGAAUUUACAUUUACAUCAUACUUGGUAGCAUAGCCCGGAUUAAUUAUUAUUUAGAUUUAUUAGAGAUCGAGCUGCAAAAACAGUUUAGCGUGUUUAAUCUAGGAUUAUUAUUGUUACUGGUAAUAGACAUAGGAUGCUGUCUGAAUGACGACACGAUGAUCCUUCUUGACCCUGUCCUCGUUUUCUACGCUCGUUAAACACGGAACCAUAGCGAAUAAGUUCACAAAAAAAAAAAGAAAAAAAAAGAAAAAAGAAAAAAAGGGAGUGGGACCUUCAACCAAACUAUUUGCAUCAGCACAAAAUAUCCUGGUAUAUUUUCCUUAUGUUCAUGUGUGCGCAAUAAUACACGUACACCACACAGACAAACACACAUAAAUGCACACGCCACACACGAAUACACGUACACACAUAUACACACACGCGCGGUGUGUUUUCUUAAAAGGAUGUAUUUGCCAAAGAUCGAGAUU